AUUUUUAACGCAACAAAAAUUCUAAACGUGUCAUCAACUAAGGGGAAGAAUCCAAGGCCCACUUUAAAAAGGGCACACAGAUCAACGUCAUUUCCUACACAAUUGAAUGUUAAGUGAAGAGCUCUAACUUUGGGACACUCUGGUAACUUCACAAGCUUACAAAAUGCUAAGGAUCUAUUGACAGCCAACAGUUUCGGCCCGGUGUCAGGGCUGCAAUGCAUCCUGGGAUUCCUUCGGGACUGUUCGGGUCCGUGGACAUUUAAAACGAGGCCACCUUUGCUGUUGAAUCAGAGUCACAAGAAGAAAAUACAAUGUAUCCAAAAUAAAGUGCCUGAAGUGCCCUUGCAGUCAAGAUUUGCUCUCAGCAACCUGCUCCUAAGAAAAUGUCAACACAAGCAGCUGACUCAAAUAGUGAACCACAGUGUCCUUCUCCAACCCCGUGUCAUCGGAUACCACACUUCAAGAGGAAUCACCCUGAGGGCACUGGGUGAUCACUCUGAUAGUCUAGAUUAAUGAAAAUACCCCUUGGAAUGAAAUUACCUAAGAGCUGACAUCAAGCAGAAAAGAAGCAGAGAAAAGGGGUCUCAAUGAGUCACAAAUGCAUAAACAAAGACUGCACUGUGCAGGAUAUAAAGGGACUCCCUGCCCUACCUGCUUACAAUAUUGUUAAAACUUGGUGAUGCCAAGGAGAUUACGACUUUGAGCCUGAGAACUCCGUCUUAAUCAAUCAACCUGAAAUCGGUUCUUGUCAUGAAAUUGGCUUCCUCUCUGCUCCUGUGUAUUAUCUGCCUUUCUGAUGAAUUGCUACAAAAACCUGUUGCUCUGGUUUCUUCAGAAUUCAGAGAGAUGCUUCUAUUGCUGAAUACUUGCAAAUCGUGUCAACUUCGAUGCCCUAAUACCCCUCCUGUAAUAUGUCAGCAUUACUGUAACACAAUGAAAGGAACAAAUACAUUUCUCUGGACCUGUUUGGGCCUGAGCUUGAUAGUUUCCUUGACAGUUUUCGUAUUGAUGUUCUUGCUAAGGAAGAUGAGCUCCGAACCAUUAAAGGACAAACUUAAAAACACAGGAGCGGUUCUCCAGAAGAAUGCUAACGCAGACCUGGAUGUUAGCAAUAACAGCAGUAUCGUGGCUGAACCUCUUCUUUCAAGAGGCCUGGGGUACACAGUAGAAGAAUGUAUGUGUGAAGACUGUGUCAGGAGCAAACUGAAGGUCGAUUCUGACCACUUCUUCCCCCUCCCAGCGAUGGAGGAAGGCGCAACCAUUCUUGUCACCACGAAAACAAACGACUACUGUGACAGUCUGCUAGCCACCACCAGUGUCACGGGGAUGGAGAAAUCAAUUUCUACCAGAUAAUUAACCAUGUCAAUGGUAUAAAGCUACUUGGAAAGUCUUUGUGCUAAGGGAAGGAUGGUGUGUCAGAUCUCUUUAAGAUGAUUGUACUUGUCUGAGGAUGAUAUGGCUUUCCAUCCUCUAAUUCUGGAAAAUGUUUAUGUUAGCAAUGUUUUUCUACCUUAUUGUUGGGAGCUUAACUCUGGAAAUAUCCUUGGUUUUAUGAUUAAACUGACUCACUGAAAAAAAUAAA